AGUUUUUGUUUCCUUUGGCUAGCAAUGAAGCAGCCGGUUGUUAAGGUUGGUAAACUCAAGAUUGGUGUGAUGAGAAAUUCUCAACAAGAGUUACUUGCUCUCAAAGCUUUGACCUUGCAGUUGUGUCUAGAAAGGCUCCUAAGAUCUUUUCUGUUGUUUGGAGAGCUCCUCCGCCGAUUUGGAUUAAAGCUAAUAUAGAUGGGGCGGCUAAGAGGAAUGGUCUUGCUAGGGGAGGUGCAAUUUUUCGUAAUUGUAGAGGUUUUUUCUCAGGAGCUUUCAACAUCUUCUAUGAAGUCGUACCCCAACCAAUGACUUCAUUUCUGAGAGCAGCAUCAUCAUCAUCAAUAUUCCCAUUGCUACCCGCUAAGCUAAUGGACUCAGCCCAAACCUCCCUCCGCGGCCCUCAGAGCCUCGUCGCCUUGGCCCAGCAGCUCCGCCUCUACAAGCCCACGCCGACGCCUCUCGACGCCGACGCCGAGGACGACGAAGAAGCCGCCGGCAAAGUCGUCUCCCAGCUCGGCUUCGCCGAAUCGGCGGCUCCGAUAACGCGGGACCCACAGAGGUUCAGACCGAAGAGGGCCGCCGUCUUGAUCUGCCUCUUCGAAAGCGACGCCGGUGAUCUGCGCGUGAUCCUCACGAAACGGUCGUCGAGUCUGUCCACUCACUCGGGUGAAAUCGCGUUACCGGGUGGGAAAGCAGAGGAAGGGGAUAAGGAUGAUGGGGACACUGCUACCAGAGAGGCGAAGGAGGAAAUUGGUUUGGAUCCUUCUCUUGUUAAUGUCGUAACUGUUCUUGAGCCAUUUUUGUCCAAGCACUUUCUCAGAGUUGUUCCAGUUAUUGGCAUACUUACAGACAAGGAAGCCUUCAAGCCUGCUCCGAAUCCCGCUGAAGUGGAUGCUGUAUUUGAUGCUCCUUUGGAGAUGUUUAUCAAGGAUGAAAACCGAAGGGCGGAAGAGAGAGAGUGGAUGGGGAACAAGUAUAUCAUUCACUUCUUUGACUAUGAAACUGAGAACAAGAAGUUCUUGAUAUGGGGUUUAACUGCUGGGAUCUUGAUAAGGGCUGCAUCGGUCGUAUACCAACGGCAGCCGCCUUUUCUGGAGCAGAAUCCUGUUUUUAAGGUUCCUGGAACUGUAAACAAGGAUACUAUGUUGCCUUAAAUUCAAGGGAAAUUUCACUGGAUUGUAAUAAUAUGUUUGACCUGAUUGAAAUAGUGUUUUUGCCUAGGGAGAUAAAGGUUUAGAUGGAGCGAAAAUAAUAAUAGUAAUAGUAAUAGUAAUAGUAACAAAGUCUAGCCAUUUCAUUUUUUUAGUUGUUAUCGUGCUCAUACGGUGAAAUAGCAUCAAAUGUUUCAGUUCA